AACUGGCAAAAAUAUGUUUUUCUUUCUUUUAGGGAGUCACAAAUCACAUUGAGCCAAAACCAUCCAGUGUUUUCUUCAGUUACAAACAAAAUGAAUAUUUCCAUGCUGCUACAGCAUCCUCACCGGCAUUUCCUAAAAGGCCUUUUAAGAUCACCUUUCCGACAUUACCACUUCAUCUUUCACUCAAGCACUCAUCUCGGAUCAAGAAUCCCACGUGCUCAGCCAUUUUAUUCUCUCGGACUCCAUUGUGCAAAGUGGAUGCUGCUGUCAAAUGGUUUAAAGAGAAAAUUAUGUGUACAAACAACCUUAAAGGAACACACAGAAGGAUUUUCUGAUAAAGAACAAAGAUUUGUGGAUAAACUUUAUACUGGUCUAAUCCAAGGGCAAAGGGCCUGCUUAGCAGAAGCCAUAACUCUUAUAGAAUCAACUCACAACAGGAAAAAAGAGUUAGCCCAGAUGCUUCUUCAGAAAGUAUUAGCCUACCACCGAGGACAAGAACAAUUAAAUAAAGGAAAACCACUAGCAUUUCGAGUGGGAUUGUCUGGGCCCCCUGGUGCUGGAAAAUCAACCUUUAUAGAAUAUUUUGGAAAAAUGCUUACUGAGAGAGGGCACAAAUUAUCUGUGCUGGCUGUGGACCCUUCUUCUUGUACUAGUGGUGGAUCACUCUUAGGUGAUAAAACCCGAAUGACUGAGUUAUCAAGAGAUAUGAAUGCGUACAUCAGGCCAUCUCCUACUAGAGGUACUUUAGGAGGUGUGACAAGGACCACAAAUGAAGCUAUUCUGUUGUGUGAAGGAGGAGGAUAUGACAUCAUUCUUAUUGAAACCGUAGGUGUGGGCCAGUCGGAGUUUGCUGUUGCUGAUAUGGUUGACAUGUUUGUUUUACUACUGCCACCAGCAGGUGGAGAUGAAUUGCAGGGCAUCAAAAGGGGUAUAAUUGAGAUGGCAGAUAUGGUAGCUAUAACUAAAUCUGAUGGAGACUUGAUUGUGCCAGCUCGAAGGAUACAAGCAGAGUAUGUGAGUGCACUGAAAUUACUCCGCAGGCGUUCAAAAGUCUGGAGACCAAAGGUAAUUCGUAUUUCUGCCAGAAGUGGAGAGGGCAUCACUGAAAUGUGGGAUAAAAUGAAAGAAUUCCGGGACCUAAUGCUUGCCAGUGGGGAGCUGACUGCGAAGCGACAGAAGCAGCAGAAAGUCUGGAUGUGGAAUCUCAUUCAGGAAAGUGUGUUAGAACAUUUCAGGACCCAUCCCACAGUCCGGGAACAGAUUCCUCUUCUGGAAAAAAAGGUUCUCAGUGGGGCCCUGUCCCCGGGACUAGCAGCAGACUUGUUGUUGAAAGCUUUUAAAAGCAGAGACUAAUGAAAUUUAUCCUAUACAAUAA